GGUAGAGACAGAGCUGCAGACAUGUUCCUGUACCUUCUGGGCCUGCUGGGCCUCUACUACUUGUUCCGUUGGGUCCGGGAGCGGCCCCGGGUCUCCGAUAAGGCCAACAAGUCCGUGUACAUUACGGGCUGCGACUCGGGCUUCGGGAACCUCCUGGCCCGGCACCUGGACCAGUUGGGCUUUCGGGUGAUCGCGGGCUGCUUCACAGAGAGAGGCGAGGAGGAGCUGAGGAAGAGCUGCUCCAGGAACCUGACGGCGGUCCACCUGGACGUCAACUCCCAGGAGAGCGUGGACAAGGUGACCGCCAUGAUCCGGGACCAGGUGGGGGAACAAGGUCUCUGGGCCGUGGUGAACAACGCGGGCGUGGCCAUGCCCUCGGGCCUGUGCGACUGGCUCACGCUGGAGGACUACAAGUCCAUGCUGAACGUGAACCUGAACGGGGUGAUCGGGGUCACGCUGAGCGUCCUGCCGCUCAUCAAGAAGGCCCGGGGCCGGGUGGUGAACGUGGCCAGCGUGUGUGGGAGGAUCAGCCCCGUGGGGGGCCCGUACUGCGUGUCCAAGUACGGCGUGGAGGCCUUCAACGACAGCCUGAGGCUCAACAUGGCCGCCUUCGGUGUCAAAGUCCUCUGCAUUGAGCCAGGCGGCUUCAGAACCAACAUGACCAACAGCGAGCUCCACAUCCGGAACAUCAGGAUGCUGUGGGACCGGCUGCCGCAGGAUGUCAAGGACGACUACGGGAGUGAAUAUGUGUCAAAUGCGGUGAAGUUGAUGCAAGAGAGGAUGGAGAAGGUGUGCGACGCCGACCUGAUGAAGGUGGUCAGCUGCAUGGAGCACGCCGUGUCUGCCGUCUGGCCUCGCAAACGUUACUCCCCCGGCUGGGACGCCAAGCUCUUCUGGCUGCCGAUGUCUUACCUGCCGAGCUGCGUGACGGACUUC